UGUGGGUUUGGUCAACAGGUGCGGACACACACGUAAGCUAUUCUGGUGGUCGUAUCACUGUACUGCGCGACGCCCUGCACGAGGAAGGCCGAUGAAUUGUUGAUUCGCCAUGGACCCAUUCAAAUAAGGUAGCCGUUGUGGACAUGGUGGGAUCUCCCUCUGGCCGAUGAUCGCCCGCCCUCAAUAAUAGCUCUCCCAGAAUCCUAGUCGCCGACACCCCAUCGCUCUACGGCCCCAAAAGAGAACAGAAAGGAAAAGCAAACUAGCCGUUAGCCUCGAGAAAUAAUACCAUCCUAUAUUCCAAGCAAGAUAUCUCUCAGUUCCCUGCCCAAUUCCCAGCCUCCUCCUCCUCCGUUCUCUCUCGUUCGGGGGUCUGUCUUCCUACUCCCAUCCAACUUGCAUGCGAAUGAAGAGGAGGAUCGGAGGAUGCCAGCACACAAUGCAAGAGCAUAUGGAGAUGUGCGAGUCCGAGAGAGCCCCAUCUCGGCAAUCUGCAACCGGGGGUAGUCUCCUCCUGCUUCUGCCGCUUCACAUCGUGAUGUUGUCGCUGCUGGCUCAUGCGAGCUCAGCUUCGAGCCAGUCCUGGGACGGGAUAAUCAUCAGCCAGGCCGACUACCAAGGCCUCCAGGCGCUCAAGCACGCCCUGGACGACCCCCGGGGGCUCCUCCGCGGCUGGAACGACACCGGCCUCGACGCUUGCUCCGGCGCCUGGGUCGGGAUCAAGUGCGUCAAGGGCAAGGUCAUCGCCAUCCAGCUCCCGUGGCGGGGCCUCGGCGGGCGAAUCACCGAGAAGAUCAGCCAGCUCGCCGCCUUGCGCAAGCUGAGCCUCCACGACAACUCCAUCGGCGGUCAGAUCCCUUCGGCCAUUGGCUUCUUACCUCAACUCAGAGGCCUCUACCUCUUCAACAAUCGCUUCUCGGGUGCCAUCCCGCCAUCCAUCGGCAACUGCCCCAUCCUCCGGACCAUCGAUCUCAGCAACAACUCGUUUGCGGGUAGCAUUCCUUCUUCCAUUGCAAACGCUACUAAGCUGUAUAGGCUUAACCUUAGCCAUAACAAUCUCUCCGGUGCCAUCCCCCGUAGCAUUACCCGCUCCGCCUCGCUUACCUUUUUCUCCCUUCAGCACAACAAUGUCUCCGGACCCAUUCCCGACACAUGGGCCAUCGGAGGUGGUAGCAGCCAAGUCUACCAAUUACAGACCUUAAAUCUCGACUACAACUCCAUCAGCGGGAAUCUUCCGCCAUCUCUCAGUGGACUACAAAUGCUCAAAGAGAUCACACUUAGCAACAAUAGGCUUAACGGAAGCAUACCCGAAGAGAUCGGUAAACUGUCGCUGCUCCAAACGUUAGAUCUUUCACAUAACGAUUUAGGAGGGAGCCUUCCUGUUACCAUCUGCAACUUGUCGUCCUUGGUUGAAUUAAGCCUGGAGGGCAACAAAAUCGACGGCCACAUCCCCGACAACAUCGAUGGACUCAAGAAUCUGUCGAUGCUGUCGCUUAAGAGGAACCAGUUAAGUGGCGCGAUACCGGCGACACUAGGAAACAUCUCUGGUCUAUCGCAGCUAGACCUGUCGGAGAACAACCUCACCGGAGAGAUACCGGCCACUUUGGUGCACCUGACUGGUCUGACUUCGUUCGAUGUGUCCGACAACAACUUAUCAGGUCGAGUGCCACUUCUCCUCUCCCACAAGUUUAAUUCGAGCUCCUUCAUGGGAAACAUUCAGCUGUGUGGGUACAGCAUUACCGUCCCUUGUCCUUCUUCCCCUGCCCCGACUCUGUCUCCUCCGUUGAUCCCUACAAGGCGACGUCAUGCUAAACUGAGCACCAAGGCGAUCGUUCUCAUAGUUGCAGGGGCAGUGCUGGCGGUGCUGCUUUUUGUGCUCUGCUGUGUUCUGCUCUGCUGCCUGAUGAGGAAAAGGAGUUCCUUGGGGAAGAAGACUGAUGGCGGCGCUUCUGCCACCGGAAGAGAGGAAAAGCCCGGGCCUGCCACGGGAGCUGAAGCGGAGUCCGGCGGGGAGGCCGGGGGAAAGCUGGUACACUUCGAGGGACCGUUGGCAUUCGCCGCCGAUGACCUCCUGUGUGCGACGGCGGAGAUCAUGGGGAAGAGCACGUACGGGACCGUGUACAAGGCCACACUGGAGGACGGGAACCAAGUUGCAGUGAAGAGACUGAGAGAGAAGAUCACCAAGAGCCAAAAGGAAUUCGAGACGGAGGCGUGUGAGCUUGGCAGAAUCCGGCAUCACAAUCUAUUGGCGCUGCGAGCUUACUAUUUAGGCCCCAAAGGAGAGAAGCUUCUGGUCUUUGAUUUCAUGCCCAAGGGAAACCUUGCAGCUUUUCUACAUGCUCGGGGACCUGAGACGCCGAUAGAUUGGGCGACAAGGAUGAACAUAGCCAAGGGGGUAACUCGGGGCCUACUCUACCUUCACAACGAAGUGAACAUGAUCCAUGGCAACCUGACAAGCAGCAACGUUCUGCUUGACGACGACGACAACGCUAAGAUAUCUGAUUUCGGCCUCUCGUCCUUGAUGACUAGUGCUGCCAGCUCCAAUGUGAUUGCCACCGCAGGCGCGCUCGGCUACCGAGCCCCGGAGCUGUCCAAGCUCAAGAAGGCCAAUACCAAGACCGACGUCUACAGCCUCGGCGUCGUCAUGCUCGAGCUCCUCACGGGUAAAUCGCCUGCGGACUUGAUGAACGGCAUGGACUUGCCGCACUGGGUGGCCUCGAUAGUCAAAGAGGAGUGGACCAAUGAGGUGUUCGACCUGGAACUGAUGAGGGAUGCGGCGGGGACGGCGGCCGGGGAUGAGCUACUGAACACCUUGAAGUUGGCCCUGCACUGCGUCGACCCGGCGCCGACGGCCAGGCCGGAGGUUCAGCAAAUCCUGCAGCAACUGGAUGAGAUCAGACCGGACGCUGCCGGCGCUACAGGAUCCAGCGAGGAUGGUGGCUCCAUUGCCGCUGCAUCCGCAAGCAAUGAUUAGCUCAGUAGGAUCUUUUGAAUUCAUUGAUUCGUUUGAGCUUUAGGUCACGAUAGCAGCAGCUGUGUCAUGUAAAUACAAAUCUUAAGUAGGUCAUGGUCAUCGUUAAUUUUCAGUCA